UAAUGGGCAAGCUCGAAUCUUCCCCAAGCUACUACAUCCAUUCCGAGCAUUACCUCCCCUUCCACGCCCACAUUACCGCUCUGACUGUUGCCCCGCAUGCCCGCCGUUUAGGCCUGGCCCGCACUCUCUCUUCCUCCCUCGAGAAUUCCGGAGACGAGUAUGAUGCCUGGUUCGUGGAUCUCUUCGUUCGGAAGAGCAAUAAAGUUGCCCAAGGCUUGUACAAAGGGCUGGGAUACAGUGUAUUCAGGGUAGUGAAGGACUAUUACAAUGAUGACCCGACGGACGAGACGAAGGAUAGUGAGGAUGGGUGGGAUAUGAGGAAGCAGUUAAAACGGGAUGUGCAUGGGAAGCAUGUGAGGAGCGAUGGGGAGAAGUAUAUGGUUAGCCCGGAGGACGUUUGGUGAAAGGGAAAGAGAGCUGGGAACGUUUCUUGAAAGAAAAGGGAGGUUAGCCUCUCCUAGCCUGGGAAGAAAGACGGGUUCUGCUUGAGGGGCAGUGAGGUCCUGUGCCUGAUCGACGCCUCAUCAUUUGCGGAAGCAAAAAGCUACUGGCCUCUGGAGCUCUGAAAUGAGGGUGCGCGAAUCCACUAAUUGCCUUCACUAAUGGGAGAAGGAUGGCUUCGCAACAGACCUUUCAAUGUCCUAGCUUAUGGAAGCAUUUACUCCGCCAAUGUCCAGAAGUCCCUGGGAUAUUUGAAAUAUUCCCGAUGCAUCAUAUGUUGUGGGCUAGUUAUAGGAAGCGCUCCUCAGCACAGUGA